AGAAGGAAGAAUCAAUGGACGAGACUUCAAAUAAAGCGGAUGUGUCAAUACAGCUGGAAACACAAGACGAGUUGUUAACACAGACCGAAGCGAAUGAUGCGUGUAUGUCAAGGACUUUGGAAGCGCAUGGGCAGAUUUUGUCAACACAGUCGGAAGCGAAUAGGGUAUCCUCACAGUUGGAAAAAGAGGAGGAGGAUGAGCCAAUGGAUGUGACUUCAAAAGGAGUAGAAGUGUCAACACAGCUGGAAGUGCAUGGAGAGGGUAUACCAUCGCAGGUUUCAGCACAGGUGUCGACACAGUUGAAGGAACAGGAGGUGCAUAAAUCGACGCAGGUGAUCCCAGAGAAGACAGACGUGUCAUGGACAAAAGAUUGUGAUAUGAAGGAACAAGAAUCUCAAGAUGAAGCUCCAGUUGUGAAACAUCCAAAGAAUGAAGAAAUGUCUGCAGAACCUCUAUUCUCAAAGGCACAGUGGAACAGUUUCAAGUUGGCCGCUGGUUGCUUAUAUCGAGUGUGGAAAGGCAAAGGAGGAUACUGCUCCCGAUCUCUCGUGGUUGUUCGAAAUGAAAGAUCGCCUAAAGUUUGCUACGAGAUUCGCAAAGGUCCAAGUGAAGAGCACAUAAGAAUCACGGAAACCUUGGGAAAGUUGAGGAAUCAGUUUUGUUGGGUUGGUUGUUGUCAAUCAAUGAGAGAUUGCAUUGCAAAUGAGAUGUCGAGUUCCAAGAGACAUGGUCAGAUGAAGCAGUACAGUUUGGGAACGCCAUUGGAGCAAUUUGCCAUGGUUGUAGCUGGUCAAUUAUCUACCAGCAAAUCAGGAAACAGGAGUGGUUUGAUGGCUAGGACGGAGAAAUACCCAGUUCUAAGCCAAGAGACUGACGAAAUGGUGGACGUAGACAUCAAAAGUUGGGAGAUGUGCCAGAAGCAAAGUGUCCGAAAAAUAUUUGAAGCUGCAUCACAUCCACGAUCCGAUAUCAUGGUGGAAAGAUUCAUCCGAAAUUUGGAAGAGCAUUUUAGAAAGCUGGUGGACAGGUAUCGUCAUAGAUACAGAGGAUCUCCAUAUAUCCAUGUUCCUGGAAUCAACGGCGUAGACCACUGCGAGUAUAAUUUUUGGUUACGGAAUGAUUUAAAAUUUAGUAUUAAUGCCAAUGGAGAAAGGAAUGUUAAGGAGGACGACAGUGUCCUAGAAGACGAAUUAGGGGAAGAAAUGCUAAGCGUUUGGUUCUGGAAGUAUGUCUAAUCGGGACGAUCAGACUUAAGUGGAGGGCAGUGUAACGAAAAUGGCACCAGAACAAACUAGAAUUGACAAUCGAAAUCGAUAACUUGCCAGACAUCGAUAUUCGUAGUUGCCAGAAUGUUCGAGUGACGAUAACAUGCUAGCAAUCGACUAUAUAAGGGCCGCCGGGCUGGCAGCAAGACACAGUUCUGAUAAGAGAGUUGUCGAGUGAGGACAAUUCUAAGAAGAGAGUUGUCGAGCAAAGUGUAAACAAGUUAUAAGUUAGAGUUGUAAAGUAGUGUAUUGAGUACUAAAGUGUUAAGUUAUAAGGAAUUAGAAAUAAAGAUUAGUGUAUAGCCAUUAAAGUGUGACUUUUAUUUGAUCGAACUCAGGGUAGAGUUUUGGAGUAAACGACAGAUUUUGGAAAUCCGUUACAUUAAUAACAGCGCAGACAAAUCUGUUCAAUGAUUUGUGGCAACCUCUUUGCAAUGUUAUCGUAAAUAUAGAAAUUGAAAGCAUAUGUGUUUUGAUUGAGCUGUCAAAUUUCACAUACUUUCUGCUUUCAGUUUAACUUUAGUUUUUUAGUUUAGCUUUUAUAAAAAAGAAAAAAACUGAAAACUAAAAAAAACUUACAAAACAGCUAUUACUAAAAUUUCAAAAGUGCCCAAGGAAAUAACACCAAAAUUCUAAAACAAAAUAAAAUAACGAACCGUGGCGUGAGGUACACAAAUGCAAGCAAUGUCCCAACACCAUCCUAAUCCACAACAAAAAAGUAAUCAACAUGCAAAUGUUGGCACCAAUAAGAAAAAAGAA